GGGAAGUCAUCUUUUUUACUAAGUAUAGGAAAAAAGGUAUAUCUGCUCUUAAUCAGCACUUUAAGCUCUUUACAAUAGAGGCAACGAAUAAACGAAUUUCUGAUAAAUCAUCAACAGUCGGCGGCAGAGUUAUACUUUUUAUCGUCUCGAAAGCUCUUAUUUGGUUGCAAUCAAAUGAUGGAGAUAAGGCCAGUAUUAAGAGUUGUAGCGUUAAUGUCAUUUCUUUUAUAUAUGUACGUGCUAACAUUGUUUACCUUUCAACAGACAUCGUAUGAACAUUUUACUUCGGAGAUACGAGAAGAGCUGUUACAAUUGGAAAACCGUUCUAAGUAUGUUCAAAGUGACUACAAUAUCCGAAAAGUGAAAGUAGAGGAAGAUAAAGACGCGCUGACAGAGUUGUUAUCUGUUCCGUUUAUCUUGGAUCCAAAAUUGAGAACAAUUCAAUAUGUUCAUGAUAUGGUUUAUGAAACGUUAGAUCAGCUUCAAAAUGAAGAAAACUGUGAAGAAAAGAAAAUAAUUCGAUGCACAUACUCUGGUGAUGGUGAUUUUGCAUCUAUAAUGAAAAAAUAUGCGAUAUGUUUACAGAUUGCAUUUGCGACGAAACGUAUGUAUUUCAUUGAUUAUGAACCCAAAUACAAUAAUUUAGGCUGGUUUACUGAACUUGAAUCGACGAAAUGCAGAUUCUUGAAACACAAGCUUUCAUCUAUUGAAAAUAAAUGCAAUUUUAACGACGCAAGAUGCAAAGAGUCCGUCUUACAAGUAAACAAUUCAUAUAAACUAUUACAACUAACAGAUUUUAAAAAUUUAUCCAGUUCAAGAUACAUACAUGGUAUGAUGUCAAAGAAAAUGGAAGAGGAUUUGAGAGAGUCAGGUGUUAAAAAUCCAAUCCUUUGGUUCACAUCCCAGUUCUACGGUUACAUGUUAAGACCAAGUAAAGUUUUUAAAAAGAGAUUUAAUUAUCUGAUGAGAUUCGUUAACAUUCAAAAACCAGCAGUUGGGUUUGCAGUACAAGAAGGGGAUGUAUCUACGCAGGUAGCAGCGUUGAAAGUACAAACAUCAUUAUUGACAACCGCAAGGGAUAUCUAUGUGGCUGGUAAAAAAAAGGUGUUCAUUGAAAGACUGUUGAACCAAAAUGAAACCCGUUUUCAUGUUAAAAGAAUACCGGAACUUAAGUCGUACAGUAUUAAGGAGUACCGCGAUAAUACAGACACAAAAAGCAUGAGAGCUUUGGUAGAUUUAUAUAUUUUGCUGCAGUGUGAUCAAAUCAUAUUAUCAUCACAGACGAGUUUUGGAAAGCUAGUACUAGCGCUGAAAAGAGCGGUUUAUCCUUACCAUACAAACCACGUAAUCGAUCUUGCAAUAUAAAACUACUUUAACUAUCUAUAUGUUUUAUGUACUAGUAGGGAGGGGCAGACUUAAUUUUUUGCACAAGUUAACUGUAAUUUAUUUGUAAAUGUUAACUUAAAACAUAGAGAUAUCUCUAUGCUUCGAAUACACCUUUCCCGAAUUUCAUAAAUUAUAAUAAUUAUGACGUCAUCCAAAAUUUUAUAAUGAUUCUGUGCUCUUCAAAUAAGGAUAUUCAGAUAGAAUAUCAAACUAUCAUGAUAAAAAUGAAGUUUUUAGGAUUCUGGUUGGAUUCUAUUUUAAUUUGAAAAAAAUAAUUAUUUUGAAAACAAGGCUAUUCUUAGAAACCUCGGCUAUAUAAGGGGUUUAACCGUAAUUUCAGUUUGCAAUUGUGGCACUUAACGAACAGUAAUAAUUACGAUAUUAGGUAAUUUGUUCCACCUUUUGCUAAGGAACUUAGGGAUAAGAAUCAUUUUUGAUAUCGACCUUUUUAAGGCGUGAGUAUACGAAAAAAAAUGUUUUUUUUUUGAAAAUUUUUUUUUUCAGGGAUUAGAUAGAAAAGGAUCUGCACUUUAAAAUGGUGCAAAAAUAUUUUUAAAAAAAUGUAUUUAGGAUAGAUUAUUAUCCCCCCAAAAUUUUUUUUUCAUAAAUUACUUUUUAUGAGUUUUCUGACAAUUAGAGGUUAAAAAUUGUGAAAAAAAUUUUAAUACUAAAUAACUCCAAAAGUAAAAAACAUUAAGAAAAAAAUAACAAAGCGUUUUUAGAUCAAUGUCUUGUGAUCACAAAAAAGCAAACAGUAAACUUGAGAAAUUAGUCGUUUUGUAAAAAAGAUCGCAUUUGUAGGAGAGGGGUCAUUUUUUUUUCGUGUCUAUUAAACCUUCAAACUUUAUUUUUUUUUUCUUUAUAAUUUUUAUAGCAUUAUAUAGGUAAUCAUAUAGGCUUUCUAAAAAUAUAUACAUUAAUAUAUCAAAAUAAAGUUUUGGUGAAUUAAAAGCAUUUCAAAAUAUCACACCUUUUUUGUAUACUCACGCCUUAAUUGAGUUUGACAUAAUUAGGAAAUACGGAAAGGUCUAUUAUAACCAAGUUCAAAAAAAAAGUUUUUUUUUUCUUGACAUAAAGGGGCUGCCCCAAAAAGUGUCCCUAAAACCUCUUUCCGACCCUUUUAAAAUUAAUCCUUUCUUUCUCUUUUAUUUGACUAGAAUUAAUAUUUAUUAAUGUUUAGAACUUAAGGCUAUUUCUGUCUAAGUGUUACGAUAUUGUAUUUAUUCCAAAAAUGUGACUUACAUUCCAAAAGUCACAGACAGACCAAAGUUGAUUUUAGAGUAAGCAAAUACCGAAAAAAUUUACAUUCGCUAACGCUCUGAGUGUUUAAUUGCGUACAUAACAUUAUUAUCUAGUUGUUAAAGUUACAUUUUCGGCAUCACUUUGAUUUAUCAAAUUAUAAUUUCUUCCCAAUUAUCCUGAUUAGCAUCUACCUUUAGAAAAUAGCACAGAAGGAAUAAUGCAAUCAUAAAAAUAAUUACGGAAUAAAAGGUAUUGAUCUUUCUUAAUUAACAGAUUAAAAUUACUAAAGAGGCGCUUGUUUGGAUUAUUAUUAUAAGAUACAGUCAAUACAACCGAAACGUCGCAAAGGUUUGUACUAAUUAAUUUUUUAUUUUAUGAUAUGUAACAAUUAUACUUUUUUUCAGCAUUGGCUGAGGCCGGAUUUGCAUAUUUAUUUGGGACAUUAUAAACUUGUUAGCUAGCUACAUACACAUUUUAAAAGACA